AGCGUGGGGUCUCGUGGCCGUUGUGCGGGCGGUCAAUUGAUAAGUACCGGAUCUGCACCUUCAAUGUUCUGCUCACGUAUCUCUGUAUUGCUUAGCAUCGGCUGCCCAUUGGCUAGCUACGUACUACAAUGGUGGCCAAAAGCGAGUUGCACCAUGUAUCCACAAGGCAGUCCGAUACAUCGAACGUCAACAACCCGCAAGAGGAGAAGAAACAUCUCCAUCAGCUCGAUGCCGUCCAAGAGGAACAAGCCGUCGGCUACAGAGAAUAUGUCGAAGGUCUCGGCCUUGAGGUGACGAACGCAGAGAACCGCCGUGUCCGAUGGAAGAUUGACCUCAUCAUCCUACCAAUCUUCCUCAUCACCCAAGCCCUGCAGUUCAUGGACAAGACUGCAUUAAACUAUGCCAACCUGUUCGGUUACCAGAAAGCACUUGGUCUGAAAGGCCUCCAAUUCAACUACCUAUCCGCGAUGGUCUAUUGCGGCUACUUCUUCGGCCAGUACCCUUGCGGUUGGCUGAUCGGUCGCUUUCCGGCUCAGAGGAUCCUUGCGAUCAGCUGUUUGUCAUGGGGAGUAUGCGUGCUCAUACUGACCCAAUGCCGCACUUUCAGCAGCGCAAUGGGCGUGAGAUUCUUGAUGGGCUUGUUCGAGGCUGCUGUCACGCCAGGCCUCACGCUGAUGACCGGGUUCUGGUAUACGAGGAAUGAGAUCCCUCUGCGACAAUGUAUCUGGUACUCCGCGCUUGGGCUUGGCGGCAUCGUGGGCUCGUACAUUGCGAUGGGAGUCUCUACGCUACCCGCCACGAUGAAGCCGGAACGCUGGGAGCUCAUCUUCUUCAUCCUAGGUGGCGUGACCUGCGUCUGGGCCUUCGUCAUCUAUUUCUGCCUGCCGGACGCUCCAUCGAACGCUCGCUUCCUGAACAGCCACGAGCGCAUCAUUGCCGUCAAGCGCGUUGCCGGUAACGAGACGGGAAUCAAGAACAAGGCCUUCAACUGGGAGCAGGCGAAGGUGGCACUGGUCGACCCGAAGAUGAUGCUACUCUUCGUUUCAGUCUUUGCGGCUGCGAUACCUAACGGCGUCGUCAACUCAUUCUCCACAAUCAUCAUCAAGGACAUGGGCUUCUCGACAACGAAGACGACCGAGCUUAAGUCCGUUGGCGAUGCUGUGCAAGUCAUCGCUCUGUUCAUCGGCGGAGCUAUCACGCUUAACGUCCCUAACUCCCGUCUGCUCACAGCGACGGCAGCCAACACUCUCUGUACUGUGGCUGCGGCAUGCAUGGCGUACCUUCCACGCGCAAACACGUGGGGUCGGCUGGUCAGCUUCUGGCUCGUGAAUGCGCAGAGCGUCGGCUUCACGAUCUCGCUCGUCACCAUCUCAUCGAAUAUGGGCGGAUACACUCACCGUGCGAUUGCCAGUGCCAUGGUCUUCACCGCUUAUUGCUGGGGUAACUUUGCUGGACCGUUUGUCGUCAAGCCAUCGCAAGCACCACGGUACGAAGGCGCAACUAUCGGUCUCCUAGUUGGAUACGCGAUCAAGCUCGGCUGCCAUCUCGGAUUGCUGGCUUACAUGUUCUUGAUGAACCGUUACCGAGAGCGCAAGUACGGCCCGGCGGACAAGGCUGCGAGCGACGAGGCAGGUAUGCUGGAUGAAACCGAGUUCCAAAACAAGAACUUCCGCUACGUGCUGUAAGCAUGUUGGUGUUGUUAUUGUUGUUGUUAGCGACAGUGCAUUGUUUAGACAGCUAGCUGUAUAGAAGCACAAUGUUCUCGAAGUGAAGCCCGUAGUACCACUGUUGUUGCAGUGCGUCCAGUCAGCACGUCGACUACGGAUACCAUUGCCGACUUCACCAGUGCGUGUA